UUGAAAAUAUUGUACGAAUCUAUGGGACAAUGGAUGGGGAUCUAUACCACCAAAUUUUAACUAAGGAUCUUCUAGGAACCUUACGAUGGCAUAGAAUCAAUAAAAGGGAUAUAAUAUUCCAACAGGACAACGAUUCAAAACACACUGCUACUGAGACUAAGGAGUGGUUCUAUCAUAAUAACAUUGAGGUACUUGACUGGUCGCCUUAUUCGCCUGACUUGAACCCUAUAGAAAAUUUAUGGAAUAAAAUUGAUCGACGAAUAAGGCGGUUAUCUAUAGGGAUUUCUGAUUCGGAUGAGCUUUGGGAAAUAAUCCAAAGGGUUUGGGUUGAUUUGAAUAUAGAGUAUCUUGACAAGCUUAUUGAAAGCAUGCCACAACGAGGUGAUGCAAAACAAAUGGAAAAACACCUUUACGAGGCUAAAGGACCUAAUUGGACUUGUUUAGAUGGAUCUGCUACAAUACUGUACGAAGCUAUUAAUGAUGACUUCUGUGAUUGUGUAGAUGGAUCAGAUGAACCGGGUACAUCGGCAUGUUCUAAUGGUAAAUUCUAUUGUAGAAAUGAAGGACACAUUCCAUCUUCUAUACCAUCUAGCCGUAUUAAUGAUGGUGUUUGUGAGCCAGAAUGUUGUGAUGGCUCAGAUGAAUACGAUGGAAAAAUAAUGUGUCCUAAUACAUGUAAAGAAGCUAGUAUAGAAUAUAAUAAAAAGUUGGAUGCAUUAAACAAGUUGCGAACUCAGGGCAUACGAAUAAGAAAUAGUUAUAUAGAAGAAGGUAAAAAGUUAAGGAUAAAACGUGAAGCUGAAUUAAAUCGACUAAAAAUUGAACUUGAGGCCGCAAAGAUUAGAGUUAGAGAGCGUGAAGCGGCUUUGAAAAAGAUUGAAGCUAGGAAAACAGAUACAGAGCAGUCAGGGUCUAAAGUCAAUCGAGAACGCAUAAAGAAAUAUCAAAAGCGCAUUUCUUCAUUGAAAGAAAAUAUAAAUAGUCUUCACGAAAAAGUUGAUACUUUACUUUCAAUUCUCAAGGAUAUGAAAAACAAUCAUAAUCAAAACUACCAUGAUAUGGCAGUUAAAACUGCAAUUAAAGCCUAUGAUGAAUUUCUGGAAGAAUAUACUAAAAGCAAAGAAACGGAAAGUGGAGACGAAGAUGAAGACGGUGAUGAUAGAGUAGUAGACGAAAAAGACGAACCGCAGACUCAGGAACAGAAACCUUCAUAUUGGGAACAAUUCUCAGAGAUGUUAUGGGAAAUUAAAAAUGGUGUGCUGGAGUUAUUUGGAUUACAAAGUUAUGAUAAAAACAAUCGCUCCUAUAAUUCAUACAGAACCUCAAAAGAAUUAUCCGCUACUCGUAGUGCAUUCGAAGAAGCUGAACAAGAACAAAAAGAUAUAGAGGACAGUAUUGAUGAAAUUAAUUCCAAAUUAUCACUAAAUUACGGGUUGAAAGAUGAAUUUGCUAAAUUAGAUGAUGAAUGCUUUAAUUAUGAUUCUGGAGAAUAUACAUACACUUUAUGUAUGUUCGGCAGUGCAACGCAAAAGAGUAACAAAGAUCAUACAUCAACAGAUUUAGGUAAUUUUGAAAAGUGGAUUGGGGCCGAAUCAAAAGAUGAUCCACAACACUAUACUCAAAUGCUUUAUGAAAAUGGAGCUCAUUGUUGGAAUGGACCAGCUCGAUCCGUUAAGGUGUAUCUUGAAUGUGGAGCAGAUAAUGAAAUCCUAUCAGUUUCUGAACCUGAAAAAUGCGAGUAUCAUCUGAAGAUGCUUACUCCAGCUGUUUGUUUUGAUCUUGAGAAGAAUAGUUCUGAGAUUAAUCAUGAUGAAUUGUAG